AAGAAGAUAAAGAAAAGUUUGAGAUUCUUUUAUUAAGAUUAACGGUAUCUUGUAGAUUUGCUUUUCAUUGGGUUAACAAUCCAGAAGCAAAAGAAUUGUUUCAGGUUUUAAAUUCCCAUAUUAAACUUCCAGAUCAUCGAGUUCUCACUGUAUCUGAAAAAGAUAAAAUGAUGAACGAAGAACUUCUUCAAGAUAAUGUUGCAACUGAUAUUAGUCUAGAAAGGGAAUCCCACAUUAAAGUAAUGGAAAAAACAAAAAAAAUAAUAGAUGAGUUGCAAAAUAUGGAAAUAAAGGUUUCUGCUAUUGUUACUGAUAGUGCAGGUCCAUAUGCGGCUGCAAGAGCUGAUAUAACAUGGAGCUAUCGACAAGAGUUAAAUUCUGCUAAUUUACUUCCGCCAAUUCAAAACAGUACACAACAAGAGACUACUAGUAAAGAAGACAAUGAACUUUUUAAUGAAAUCGCAUCCAAAAGUGAAGCAAGACAUGAGCCUGAAUUUGAAAAAAUUGAAAAUAAAGAUAAUGCCGUAAUUGAAGACUUUAAUGAUGAAGAGACAGUAGAAUCAAAUUCUUUAGAAGAAGAAUUUAGCCAAUUCUUGGACGUAUGGGUGGUAAUAUCAGUGGAGGAAAUUAAAGAAUCGAUGAGUAUAGAUGAAGAUAAAGAAGAAUGUUUUUUUUUAUCAGUUGGUUUAGUUGAUGAUAUUAUUUACCUAGUGAUUGACCCUAAUACCAAAUAG